AUGCCGUUGGACCAAGUUGUAAUCACCUACGUGCGCAGCAGCAGCUGGAUCAACGUCCUACUGCUCAGAUCGAUGAACCUCUUCCAACCCGUCCUGGUCGAGAGUCCCAGUGUGUCCGAGUUGAUAGAAGUCAGCCCCAAUGGGUUUUGCUGGUACGAGCAGAACGUAGAGUACCGCAUCAUGGUGAACGAGGUCUUUGAUAUUGGCACCAAGACGAAUGGUGGUUCCGUGGUCGAAAUGCAAGGCAGUCAUGUGUCAUUUGGCUUAGUUCUCCGGAGGAUUAGGCACCGAGUUUUGGAUGAGCUCACCAUUAAUGUGAAACAGGGGGAGCUGCCAUUGCGUAUUUCCCCAGACGUUCCCUGUUCCCUGCACUGCAGCAACUGUGCGAAUGAAAUCAUUGGACAAAGACAGUAUGAUCAGAUCCGGGAGGUUCCGAUGACGACCAUGAAGCCACACAACUACUUUUGUCCCCGCAACGUGUAUCCCUCGGAGGAGGAGCUCUAUUACGGCCUCAACUAUCUGGUCGUAUGCUUCGAGGUGCUGGGCAACGGAGUCACCACCACCCGUGGUCGUCGUCGCGUUCUGUGCUCCCGCUGCAAGCAGUGCGUCGGCGAAAUCAUUGGCAGGGAUGUGGGCGUGCAGCUGUACGCAGAUACCUUGCGCUUAGUGACCUCGGAUUCCGCGCUCGAGUUCAAGGAGAUCUUUGGCCAUGUGACACCCACCCAGAUCAUGAAGCGCCUGAUGAACGACGCCGAUACCUUUGACCUGGAGCAGACUGGCCUCUUCCUCAAGGCGGUGCGUCCAGAUGGUCAGCUGCAGCUAUUGCAUAUGCAGAUGGACACCAAACAGAUGCACAUUCUGCGCUCCGAGUUGGAUGUAUCCGACAUUGUGAAACCAAGUGCCGACUUAUCCACGGAGGUCGACACCAGCAGCGAGAGUGAUAUGGACAUGAAUCUGAGCGAUUCAAGCAGCAGCAACUCCUCUGCUCCAGAAACAGGAAAUGACAAAAUAGCAACUCCACCAAGGCCCACUACCCCCAAGGGAACUCCUCCAAAGACCGUGCAAUAUGUCCGGAUGCGGGGCUUUCGUGGCUGCCGAGUUACGUAUCUGUUCUCGGGAAGUGAUAGCGAUCUGAUAGAAAACCACGAGGUCAGCAUGACUUGGCGCGAGAGAACCCGCCUAUUGCACAUCUCCUACACGAUGAUGGCAGACCUCUUAGGCGAGUUGAAUGCCAAUGAGAACAUGUUGGCCAGUUUGGAGAAGACUUCGCCACCCGUCAAGACAUACAAUCCACGACACAGCUACAUCAUAUUCGAGCCCGAUGAGGAGUUCUAUGCUAGGCAGGAGCGAUUCGCCAGGAUUUCUUAAUAGGGAUGAAGCUAAACUUACAUUUGUACAAAAGAGCCCA